AUUCAUAUAAGUAAAUGCUAUCCUUGCAGCAGCAACAGCAGCUAGCUUCAAUCAUGAACUUACCUCCAAUUCCCAAAACCCACAUAACAACAAAUUCCUUAAAAAACGAUACUAAUAUCAAAAAACCAUCAAUGUCUGACAUACUAAAAUCAUCAAAAUCUCAAAACCUUGAACUACAACUACAAACAACGGGACCAUUUUUCAGUGUAACUGCAAAGAAUUUGGAAACAAAUAAAGUGUUGGGAAAAGCACAAGGCAUGAUAAGGAUAUGGUUUAAAAACAAGAAAGCAGGAAAAAUACUUCAUUUGGAUUCAAUCAAGUUGACCCGAGAUAGUUUGGGUAUGGAUAAGUCCAUAUUUGGAAUCGGGUUGUUUAUUGGUGCCGUUUUGACUAGAUAUGGAUAUGAUUGUGGGUGUCAAACUGCUGAGUUGCUUGCCAUUAAUGACACCGAUCUUUACCAUGCCAAGCUUGUGAAGUUCUAUAAACGACUAGGGUUCGAAGUAGUUCAUGAAGUGACUGGCUCGUCGAUGGGGGACCUUGCCCACAUGUUGGUAUGGGGUGGUGUUGGCACAAGAAUGGAUGCUAAUGUUGAAGGUCUUCUUGUGAAAUGGUGUACAAGAUUCUCUAGUAAUAAACCCUCAAAUUCCUAGUCAGUACUCCAAUCCGAUUUUGACGUUGUCAUUCAUGUGAAUAAUAUCGUUAUAUAAGUGGUUAAAGUUAUUCAAACAUAGCUAGUGACCAAACUUGGCAUGUUUUCAAGGAUUUGUAGAAUGAUCAACACAUUUCUCCCACA